AUGCUCACACCACCCUCUGAGUUUCUGAGCGCGUGUCCCAAAUUCCGUCUGUUGGUGCUAGGAAACCCGGAGUCAACGAAACGAGAACUCUUUACCAAGAUCUUCGGGGUUGAUCUCGAGAAGAAACUCGUCGACGAUGCGUUCAGCGCCGGCCACGAUAUUGAGCAGGAGCUAGACCUGCACGGGCAGAACUCUCGCCUCGCUAUUCACACGAACCUCAACGCAGGCGCUGGCGACGACGCCAACUACGAGCGCAUCCGAGACUUCUUGAGCUCGCGCGCGACGUCCUCGACGAAGCAAGAGGACCGGAUCCACUGCGUAUGGUACUGCGUCGCGAGCGAGGAAGGCCGUUCCGUGACAGAACUCGAACAGCGUUUUUUCUUCGGUGGCUUACACUCGGCUUCGCCCUGGGUGCCCCUCAUCUUGGUCUUCACAAAGUACGACGAGUUCGUCAGCCAGGUCAAGCUCGAUUGGUCUCGUGGCGCACAGGAGCAGGGCCUGUCCAAAGUUGCCGUGUCGCACAUUCUGCGGGACUUGUCGUCCAAGAAGUUUGAGAAACACAUCGGCCAGAAGUGGGACGAGGUGCUGGGUGGGUCGGUACCGCGGGUGUGCGUGUCCAGUGGCGACGAGGACGACGAUGUACGGAGUGACGAAGUGCUCGCCGAAGCGACGCUGGCCGCCUUACGCAACAAGAGCGUCAAGUAUGCUUUCGCCGCCGCGCAGAGGAACUCCGCCCUGAUCUCAACCCGGUUCGCCGCCGACACCGCCGCCACCGACUACUUCGAAGUCGACACGGGCCACGCACGCAAACAGCACGGCACGGCCAUCGCCGACAUCCUCCCGCACUUCUUCACGCGCGCCAUCCAAAUCUUCAACCUGCGUGACCCCACCGCCGCACUCACCAGCGACCCCGCCCUGCUCGCCCACAUCCUCGAAGCCACCUUCGACGCCUCCCAGCACGGCCUGGUCGCUGAAUGCCUCAACACCAACACCACCACCGACGCCGACACCAACCCCACCAGCCUCAUCGCCCACCUCACCCCACACGAACGCGCCGUACUCCUCACGCAAACCCUAACCUCGAUCCUCCUCUUCCUGCACCGCCUCGCCGACACGCAACAAACCACCACCGCCACCCCAUCCGGCCUCACCCGCGCCGCGCUCACCCGCCAACUCACCGAAACGCAUUCCGCCCCCACCGAGCGGCGCGCCGUGCUCGAGACGGUGGAGAGCAGCGCGGUCUUCUCAUCCUGCACGCUGCACGGGCAGGUGGCGGAGGUGAUGGUGCGGGCGGUGCAGGGCGCGGCGCGGGCGCGGGAGGGCUCGACGGGCGGGCGGCGGCACGCGGGGGCGCCGCGCGGGAUCGUGGUGGAGGACGACUCGGAGCUGCAGGAGAUCUCGCUCAGUUUUGUGAAUGACCAGGGCCCCGAUGAUGUGGUGCUGCCGUCGGGGUUGACGUUGCUGCCGCUGACUUGA